CACAUUAAGCUUCCCCUUACGACAGACGAAAACAGACCAUGGUAGUUAGCAGGAGGUUUUCUGAUGUGGACGGGGGGUGGGCCUGGGCUGUACUGGGGGCCAGCUUCCUGUCCCUCCUCCUCAAUGGAUGCCUCCUGUACGGGGUGGGGAUCACGCACGUUGCACUGUUGCGUUUCUACAAGGAAUCGGACACUUACACGUCCUUUGUGGGGUCCUUAUUCUGCAGUUUGCUACAACUUGUAGGGCCAAUUGCCAGUCUCCUAAUCAACGUGUUCAACUGCCGACUGACUAUGAUCAUCGGGGGCAUCUUCAUCUUCAUUGGCUGCGCCUUAACGUAUUUUGCACACUCUUUGAAUGUUGCGCUCAUUACAUAUGGAAUCAUCGCAGGAAUCGGCAAUGGCUUAGUGGCCACGCCCCCUCUGGUUGCUGUUGGAUACUACUUCCGGAAAAAGAGAGGUAUCGCUGUUGGUUUAGCCGUUUCUGGAGCAGGUGCAGGAAUGUUCAUAAGCGGUCCUCUGUUCCAGUAUUUGUUUGAUGUGUAUGGAUUUCAAGGAGCAAUGUUGAUACUGGGUGCCCUCUUCGCAAACCAGAUCGUACUUGGAUGCAUAAUGAGACCAUCUCAAACCGAAACUUUCCAUAAAGAACUGCGAAGCAAAGACAAGGAUGGUCUACCGAGCGGGGUUAACCUUAGAAACUACCUCCACUUGGAUAUAUUUUGUGACAAAAUGUUCAUGGUAAUAAUACUACAAUUCUUGAUCUGGAACAUACCGUUCGCCAUGCUGAUCUUACAUCUGCCCAAUUUCUCUGUCGUGAAAGGUUCCACUGAGCAACAGGCGGCGUUCCUUAUUUUCCUGAUUGGGUUAUUGGGGACUUUUGGACGUGUUAUAACCGGAAUGGCUGUAAGUCCACAUGCUAUUGACCCAGUUUUACUCAAUAUGGGAGUAACUGGGGUGUUAGGUAUAAUCUGUUCCCUCUUUCCUUUUUACUCUAACACGUACGCUGGACAGAGUGCGUUUUCUUGUGUCUUUGGGAUAUAUAGCGGUGCACUCAUUACUUUGAUUACACCACUUAUCGUGGAACUUCUGGGUCUGGAGAAAUUGUCGUCUGCUGUGGGGAUUAUGUAUUGUAUCGGGGGAAUCGGCUACAUCAUUGGUCCUACUUUUGCAGGUUUCAUGAUAGAUAAUGGAGGAACAUAUGAGACAACAUUCUACAUUUCAGGCUUUCUUCUAAUUGCCUCCUCUCUGUUGACAUUGGUUUCAACGUUUUGGAGGAAGGAUUUCGGAGACCAGAAGACGUAUGAAUACGACAUUCCAGCAGAAGACCAAAGCAAGAAAAACUCCACGUUUCUGACCCAGUCGGGACUUCUUGCAGGAUCAAUGAUAAUUCAAGCAGACGAGAAGAUAGGAAGCGCAUCAAGUCUCAACUUGAGACUCGCGCAUGCCCAGAAGAGAUUCCCGAACGAGCCAGGACAUCGUGAUAGCGAGGAAAGUCUCUUCAAGAAUGUGAUGCGUCGUCACCUGCAUGCGAGCAGAGACGAAAGGAUCAGCCAACAUAGCUUAUUCAAAGACCCAAACAGUGCAACGAAUGACGGAGAAUUUACGAUACAUAUACGCGAGAUUGAUGAAUAGGAAUAGUAAAAUAAACAAAAUAUAC